AUGGCUGAGAACACCACGGCUCAGGGAACCUCAUCAAGUCAUCCUGACAAUAAACAUCAACUAAUUCCAAGUCAUGAGGACCCUCCUUCUCCAGCAAAAUCAAUGGCAGCAACAUCUAAUGUCUCAGCUAACAAGGCACAAAUAUCAGGAGAGGAAGUGUUCAAAUUCGAAGCAGAGAGAGAGAAAGAGAGAGGAGAGAGAGAGAGAGAGAGAGAGAGAGAGAGAGAGACCAGAGUCAGAGGGAAGAAGAAUCGCAGGGAAAGCAAUGGAUGGGCCGUCGAUCGAGACGUUUCUGGACCCGAGACGGAGUUUCUAGUGGCCAAGAAAGAGACCGGCAACGAAUGGGAGCUCUUCAAAGAAAACGUUCGUCCCUUGAAGCGCAGCCGCAAAGUCGGCCUCCUCAAUGGCGCCCUGAAAUCCCACUCCGAUUAUCAACUCAGGAACUCGCUUCUUCAACAUCGAAGGAGAUUAAUAGAGGCAAUCAAUGAGUAUACAGGCGAAGACCCGCUUCAGCCAUGGAUUGAGAAAGCUCAACCAGUUGAAAAGCUAACAAUAGCAUACAAGAAAUUUCUCACACGUUCAAUGGGACAACUGAAAGCUACAGAUGAAGAUGGGACAGAAAACCACUUACCAGCUCGAAGCUUUGGGACUGUGUUGACUAGGCAAAUAAGUGGGAACAAAGCUUCAGAAUGUUCUGAUAUUUUUAGGAAAAAGCUCAAGCCAGACAGGACUCCUGGAACUGCAUUGUCCAUUUUUAAAGAUAAAGGCAGCAGUUCACUAGCGAGUCAUGAACACCUUGAUAUCUCCAAGGCUGAACUAAAACCAUGGCACUCACUCGGUGCCCGAGCAGAAAGAAAUAAAGAGAAUAAUGAAAUCCCUUCCAAGUGGACAUCAACUAAGAUUCCUAAGAGACCUGGUCAAAGCAUAAGGAGACCACCUCCAGGCCCCUGCAUUGAGAUCUUUGUGGAUGAAGAAGCCUCAGAACAACAUAAACGAGCAAACGAGAAGGACCAGUCUUCGACUCUGCAGCUCAGGCCUGGGGAUUGUAGAGAUAUUAAGAAAGAAACGGAGCUGCUGAGGGAGAAUCCGUUGCGCAAUUUCCCUCCAAGUUCUUUGCCCAGAUAA